AGUCGACUGCAAUGUUCCGCAACGAUAUAUUGUGGACAAACCGAAAACAAGCGACUCUUGAUCAACACGUGGUUAUUUACGAAGAAAACAAUUAUGACUGCAAACCAAACUGUUAUCAUUUUUAUAUUCUAGUGUCAUUACGAAGUCUACUUUGGACUUUUCUUUCUAUAUCGGCCGCUAUCUUGGUGGUUUCUUCAACGCUCACACCAGAUUGGCUAAUAGCUCCUCCGUCAGCUCUUUCCGUUGGCAGUAAUACUUCCGGAUCCAAAACCGUAUGGAAAAGGCAAACAAUAGGACUAAUUUUCCAGUGUUCUGCUAAAGUUCAAUUCGAUAAAUUGUUGGAAAUUUGUAAACCUGUACACGCCAACGUAAAUUGGGCAUGGAAAUCUUGUAUCCUGCUUUUAGGAGCUAGUUCCCUACUUUUAACCGUUACGGCAAUAUCGUCUGUAAUUUCAAUCUGCGUGAAGAGCAUAUGUAGAAAGAGCAUUUUUACAUUGACUGGUUUGGUGCAGAGCAUUGCGGGUUUGCUUCUCGUGGUUGGUAUUGUUCUUUUUCCGGCUGGCUGGGGAAGCGAUGCCAAUACAAAGAUAUGCGGGGACGGCGUAUCUCCGUUUUACGUUGGAGCUUGUCAACUAGGAUGGGCAUCAUAUGCCAUUGGUUUAGCUACAAUAAUUAUAUUUGGUGCCGCCGCCUUAUCGAUGUAUGCCGAUAGCUCUACAAGUACAGAUCAAGCUGAAAGGGAAAUACUAAAUGGACAUAGAUGUAUUUGCUUAAUCUAGCUGGGGAAAAGAAACUAGCGCAUUACUAUAUCUUAUCUACUUAGUGAAAUUUUGAAUAUCUAUUUUUCCAUUUUAUACGAGAAAGAAAAAGCUAAUUAGAAAGGAAAAAAAACUCUGACAUUUUUUUAUAUCAAAAGGAAAAAAAGAAAAGAAAGGAAAAAAAAUUUCGUAUAUCUUAGAUGGAUCAGAAGUGCCAGAAGGAUUUCUCGUUUUCCUCCACUUCUCAUCUAUCUCCUCUCUCUCUCUCGCUCUCUCAUUGAUAUACAUAUACAUAUACAGUAUAUAUAUAUAUAUACACACGCACACGCACACACACACACACUCCUCUCUCUCUCUCUCUCCCUCUCUCUCUCUCUCUCUCUCUCUCUCUCUUUUUCCCCUUUUUUUUAUUCUUAUUUCUUUUUGCAAUGAUUACUGUAAAGGAAUAACAAGAGAAUCUGUCCUAUGAUAAAAAAAAAACAAAAAGAAAGCUAAUUAUCUAUGCAACUACAAAUAAAGAAGAAUUUUGCAGAAUAUAAUUCACUAAUCGAUACGUGACUAAAAUACAAGUUUACUAUUUGAAUAAAAACAAAUAAACAAACAAGAUAAAAACAAAACAUAGGGGGCUUCUCUCUUUUUUUGUUUGAUUUGGUUUAAUUUGAGUUUUUAUUCAUAAAUCGUUUUUGAUUAUUGUUUCAAAGUGUUUUUACUGAAUAUUUUGUUAAUAUUUUUAUCCUUAAGAUUUGAUUUAAAAACGUUGAAUACGUGACAAUUUUUCGUCAAAGCGAUUAUUAUAUUAAUAUAUAUUUAUAUAUUGUUCAGUUUUUUUUUUGUUUUGUUUCUUUUUUUUUGUCUCUCUUUGUUUACG